AUGCGAUUCUCCGGGAGCCCCAGCGCGGGGCCCGAGAGCAACUCCAGCCGGUGGUGGCCUCUGGCUGCCGGAGGUGCCAACACCAGCGGGGACUCGGAGGCGCUCGGGGAAGACGGCGGCCCGCAGGCGGACACGCGCAACGAGGAGCUGGCCAAGCUGGAGAUUGCCGUGCUGGCCGUGAUUUUCGUGGUGGCCGUGCUGGGUAACGGCAGUGUGCUGCUGGCGCUGCACCGCACGCCUCGCAAGACGGCCCGCAUGCACCUCUUCAUCCGCCACCUCAGCCUGGCCGACCUGGCCGUCGCCUUCUUCCAGGUGCUCCCGCAGCUGGGCUGGGACAUCACCUACCGCUUCCGCGGACCCGACGGGCUGUGCCGCGUGGUGAAGCACAUGCAGGUGUUCGCCAUGUUCGCCUCGGCCUACAUGCUGGUGGUCAUGACCGCCGACCGCUACAUCGCCGUGUGCCACCCGCUGAAGACGCUGCAGCAGCCCGCGCGCCGCUCGCGCCUCAUGAUCGCAGCCGCCUGGGUGCUGAGUUUCGUGCUGAGCACCCCGCAGUACUUCGUCUUCUCCGUGGUCGAGGUGAGCAACGUCACCAGGACCUACGACUGCUGGGCCAACUUCAUCCAGCCCUGGGGUCUCCCGGCCUACGUGACCUGGAUGACCGGCAGCGUGUUCCUGGCGCCCGUGGUCAUCCUAGGCACCUGCUACGGUUUCAUCUGCUACCACAUCUGGCGCAACGUCCGCGGAAAGACCGCGGGGCGCGCGGGCACCGGCGCCCCCGCCGAGGGCGCGGGCGAAGGCGCCUUGCGCCGAGGAGUCCUGCACGCACGAUGUGUGAGCAGCGUGAAGACCAUCUCCCGCGCCAAGAUCCGCACCGUGAAGAUGACCUUCGUGAUCGUGACGGCCUACAUCGUUUGCUGGGCGCCCUUCUUCAUCAUCCAGAUGUGGUCUGCCUGGGAUAAGAAUUUCUCCUGGGUCGAGUCAGAAAACCCGGCCACCGCCAUCCCUGCAUUACUGGCUUCCUUGAAUAGUUGCUGCAACCCCUGGAUAUACAUGUUUUUUAGCGGCCAUCUCUUGCAAGACUGUGCCCAAAGCUUCCCGUGCUGCCAAAACAUGAAACGAACGUUCACCAGAGAAGAUUCUGACAGUAUGAGCCGAAGACAGACUUUCUUCACUAACAACCGAAGCCCCACCAACAGUAUGGGAACAUGGAAGGACUCACCUAAAUCUUCCAAGUCCAUCAAGUUCAUUCCUGUUUCAACCUAA